AAUACCAAUUGUGUUAGUAUCUUACCAAUUAAUGCCACUACACAUUAUAUAUUUAAAGAGCAACCAAACCCUAUAAACACAAAUUAAGAAAAAAGAUUGCAAGUGAUCACAAAAAUGUCUACACUCAACAUGCAUGCAACUAUCCUCGGCAAGCCAGUAAGUUGUCUCCACAACUUGAGAGCUUCAAAAGCGUGGCCUGUCUCGUGCACUGCACCCGCGGCUCGCCUCAGGGCUUCUUGCUCCGUACAACAAGAAGUUCGUCGAUCCGGAAACUACCAGCCUACCCGUUGGGAUUUUAGUUACAUUCAAUCUUUAAACUCUCCAUAUGAUAAGGAGGAGAAACACUUAAGUAGGAGAGAGGAGCUGAUUGUGCAAGUGGAGAUAUUGCUGCAAGAGGAAAAAAUGGAACAUGUUCAACAAUUGGAAUUGAUUGAUGACUUGAAAUAUUUGGGAUUGUCUUACUUUUUUCAAGAUGAGAUUAAGGAGAUUUUAGGUUUUAUACAUAGCCACCACAAAUGCUUCCACAAUAAUGAAGCAUGUGAUCAAAGGGGUUUGUAUUUCACAGCUCUUGGGUUCAGAGUUCUCCGACAACAUGGUUUUGAUGUGUCCCAAGAAGUAUUUGAUUGCUUCAAGAACGAGAAAGGGAGUGAUUUCAAGGCUAACCUUGCUCAAGAUACCAAAGGUAUUUUACAACUUUAUGAAGCAUCUUUCCUUUUGAGAGAAGGUGAAGAUUCAUUAGAGCUUGCAAGGGUAUUUUCCACAAAGUGUUUGCAGAAAAAACUUGAUGAAGGUGGUGAUGAUAAUCUAUCAUCAUGGAUUAAACAUUCUUUGGAUCUUCCUCUUCAUUGGAGGAUUCAUAGACUAGAGGCAAGAUGGUUCUUAGAUGCUUAUGCAAGAAGGCCGGAUAAUAAUCCACUUAUUUACGAGCUUGCCCUACUCGAUUUUAAAAUUAUGCAAGCAACAUAUCAACAAGAACUCAAAGAUAUAUCGAGGUAUAAAAUUAGAAAAAAUUUAAUAUUUUUUCUACGUCUGUCCCUGUAUAUAUAUAGUCAAGCUUACUUGUUUGAGCCUUGUUAUAGCUGGUGGAAUAGAUUAUGCCUUGCUGAAAAACUCCCAUUUGUGAGGGACAGGAUUGUGGAGUCCUACUUUUGGGGUGUUGGUUUGUUUGAGCCAAGUCAAUAUGGAUAUCAAAGAAUAGCAUCUGCCAAAAUGAUUAUGUUGGCAACAGUUAUAGAUGAUAUUUACGAUGUAUAUGGUACGGUAGAGGAGUUGCAACUAUUUACUGAUGCAUUUCAAAGAUGGGAUACUGAAUCAAUAGGCCAACUUCCUUAUUACAUGCAAGUUUGUUAUUUGGCACUCUACAACUUUGUUUCCGAGAUGGCAUAUGACACUCUCAUCCAAGACCAACAUUUCAUUAGUUUCCCAUGGUUAAUAAAAUCGUGGUACGAUUUGGGUGCAUCGUAUUUAAAAGAGGCAAAAUGGUACUACAGUGGAUAUAUUCCAACCCUAGAAGAAUAUAUGGGCAAUUCAAAGGUUUCUGUGGCAUCUCCAAAUAUAAUAUCCCAACUUCAUUUCACAUUGCCAAAUUCAAGUUAUGACAAAACAACCAUCGACAGUUUGUAUGAAUAUCAUGACAUACUUUACUUAUCAGGAAUGAUUUUGAGGCUUGCCGAUGAUGUUGGGACGGCACAGUUUGAGCUCAAGAGAGGCGACGUGCAGAAAGCAGUCCAAUGUUAUAUGAACGACACAAAUGCUUCGGAGAAAGAGGCGAAAGAACAUGUGAUGUCUAUGUUGAGGGAGUCGUGGAAGGAGAUGAACACAGCCAUGGCUGCAGGUCAUCCAUUUGAGGAUAUUUUGGCGGAGUCUGCAGCUAAUCUCGGAAGAGUGGCACAGUUUAUGUACCUUGAGGGUGACGGUCAUGGCGUCCAGCAUUCUGGAAUUCAUAAACAGAUUGCCGGCUUGUUAUUAGAGCCAUACGCCUAAAUAUUUAUCUAUAGAUCGUUGGCUUGUUGUUAGAGCCAUACGUCUAAAUAUCUAUCUAUCUAUCUAUUGUUGUCGUGACAUUUUGUCACUUGUCUACCAUAAGAUGGACUUGCAAUAAAGGUGGUGGAAUUUAUUUUUC